CCCUAUUUCUCUGCAUCGACGAGGCGCUUCAAGCAACUUUCACAUCCGUUUAAUGCUUUCCUCUUUUUCGAUCAUGAAUCCACAGGGGGAGAGAAAAAAACGACCAAGUGAGCACCAGUAACGUAAAGGUAAGGCUCAUUUUCGGUCGUUUUUCGGUUGCGUUAUUAGGUUUUGAAAAAUCGAGAUUAGUUUGAUUUUAUUUAACUAGUGCUUGAACAACCUUAAUCUCUUUUAAAUUCACUUGAGCUAUAGAUGGAUGAAUCAUAAAGUACUCAUACUUGAAAACUGGGUUACACACAUGAUUUAGCGGUGUGAUGGAUAUAAUAUUGAGUUCAGGUGAACUCCAACAGCGCACCUCAUUUAUCCUCUUUCCUUGAAUUGGCAGUGUCUUAAGCAUGAAAUAUGACACCGUAAUUAACCUUUUAGAGGAACUCGUUACAAAACAGUGUGUGUGAGACCGAUUAUUCCCGACAGACACUGGUUGAUGAGGAUGAUUUGAAGCGUAAUAAUGGGGCUGUGAAGGCAAUAGUGCAUCCCUCCACAGGGGUAAUCUGCUGUUUCAGUGCAUGACAAAUGUGCCUUGUCCCCUCACUAAAGAGUUUCUAUAUCAUCCAUGACCAACAGAAAUUUUCUUUUGCCACCAGCGGGUCUGUGGUUCUCUCAGGCUGAACGACAUCAUUUAAACACAAUCAGGAGUCAUUUCUUCACUGCAGGGAGAAGUUAAUAGGUCGUGAGUGCCCUUGCAGCACAUAGCUUCUUGAGAUAGAAAGAUACCAUGUAAUGAUAAUAAAACACAUGACUUAAAAAAAAGAAAAGCUUUCUUUUGCAAAAUGUCCUUUAAUCAAUCUGCUCAUUGCACUUGUUGAGUCCACCUAAUGAAAAACACAUUCAAGGUUUGCUUUGGACAAUUAAAUCAUGCUUUUCCGCAAAGAUGGGGUUAUAUGUGAACACAAUGGGAUAUCUCCUCUCAAACAAUUACCACCAAAAAUGUGAUUAAAUACAUCAAACUGAAGUACUUCUUGUCAAUCUAGUGUGGAGUGUAAUGUUUGUGAUUGAGGCUGCAGGUUGACAUGGACAGAAUUACUAAAAUGUGGAAGAAAGUGCAGAGAGUGACAGCAGUUAUUAUAGCAGGGGUUCUUAAUAAACUGACACAACAAGAAAAAUCACUGCCUCUGUAAAGUUAGACUCCCCCCCCCCCAACACACACACACACACACACACACACACACACAUACACACAGAUUUAUUGAUGCUACAGCUACAGGCAGCUUGAUGUGAGCAACUCUCCAGUCCAAGACACAAUCUCCAAGGGUAAAUUGGAGUUUUUCAUACCUAAUUAGUGCUAUUGCUUAUUAACAGCAGAUGCUGUAAUUACAGAGCAGACCAGCUCAGAUAUUUGCAUUAGGUAAAAUACAUUAAUUCUAUGCUAGCUGAAAUAAUAGUUAUCUGAGUCAGUACCAUUUUAAAUGGAUUUUUUAAUUGAGUCAUUAAGAGUCAAAUAAAUAGAGUUAUACCAUUUAAUUCAAUACGUAACGGAUAAGUAACACUUAUCUGUUUUAUUCUGUAGAUCAUAACAGGAUUUAUAUCAAACACAAGCCAGCAACAGUUGAUAAACUGCAAAAUUAAGAUGGGAGAAAGCCUGUUAUUUGAGAGGAUCAUUUUGGAGGAUGUUAACUGGACAGCAGCCACACUGACAAGGCUGCCUGCAGUGUCUGCAGAUAUUUUUGCUUAACUUAUUUAUUGACAAUAUGAGCACAGGCAUUUACUAAAAUGCUAUCAACUGGCCUGAUCAUAAGCCUCAGCUAAUCAAUCUGUGUUUUAAUUCUCAGUAUUAUAUUGUCACACCAUACUUUGCAGGUGUGUACUCUCUCAAAGUAACUUCUGUGAAAUAAAGCUCCUGCAAAUACUCAGGACAGGAUACAACAGACCGGCCUUAAAAGUGUAAUCAAAACCACAUGUGUUUCUGUGAUAACGGAUGAAAUUUUAGGUUUCUCACAGCCAUUUUUUGUGAGAAAAAGCGAAUACUAAAACAUGGAGAAAACAAAUCAAUUUUACAGCCCUGGUUAGAAAAAAAUACAAAGAUUACUGUCACUUUAGCGAGCAACAUGGUGAGUGUAAUAUGCUCAGCAACAUGACAAAAAUGUCACAAAAGUGUUCGAUAGUGAAUCAAGAAGCUGUCUCAGACAUGUCACUUUGAUAAAUAACACUUUUAACAAGACAAAAAAGCAUAAUUUUAGAUUUUUUUACCAUGAAUCUACCUACAGCGGAGACAGGCACAGAUCUCCAAACUUAGGAAAGAAAUGUUAUUUACUGACACUAAUGUGAAGACUGAUGACUGUGCAAGUCCAAGACAAAGUUCCCGAGGGUGACCUCCUGUGUUGCACCAAAAAGUGUCACACUGAACGGUGUCCUAUCGUGACGUGUCAUGAUAUUUUGUGAUGUCUCUUGUUGCAUUGUCCUGUCAUAAACCAUCUCAAUUCAUGCUGCGUUUCGUGUGUGAACAUAACCCAAAAUAGAAGAAGCCUUGACUACAGCAGCUUUACCUCCUCUAGUAUUUUUCAAGGGCUCUCUUUACUCCCUCUCCGUACUGCAGUAACUGUUAAAAAUUUGAAUUGCCGGUUCAAGUGGGGCACAGCAAUCACAGGAGUGGCAGGUUUGUUUUCAUCAGGCUUUUCUGCAUCCCCCAGUGUCUGAAACAGGUGUACGAGCUACCCCUCAGUGCCUGCAUAAGACUGGGCUUUCAUCUUAUUGUAAUGUAAGCCCAUGAGGAGGGAGACGAGAUGUGCAGAGAAACUGCUUUGUGAUGUUGUUUAAAGAUAAUUAAAGUCAGUUUUAGGCUGUGGUGUGGGCUGAUGACUUAAAGUCUUGCCCCAAGGGACCUGGGUUAGAGUAAAUUAUCCAUGGAGUUCUUCCAAACCAUUCACACAGCACUGAAAGUGACAAAAAAACACAGCCUCCUUUAAUUACCUGUUGGUGUGCCUCUUAGAUUGUAAACCGUUUGUGAAACAUUUUCAAUUUACACAGUUAAUAUAUAAAAGAGGACCUAUGCCAUCAUUCAGCUUCUGCUCUCAUCCUCUUUACCCUUUGGAGCCACACCAACAUUUCUAACUCACCAUGUUUAUCCAACACUGUGGAGGAUGUGAGUUUAUGUAAAUUUAACCUUAGUCUCUGGGGAAAAUGAGGAUGGAGUAUCAUGCAAAUCCCACAAGAGGACACAAGUGAGCCGUGGGAAAAUAUGGGUGCCUUUAUUAGUCAAUAGUGAAAUUGCAUUAUGAAGAAGGCAGGAACAGGUAGUGGCAGCUGGGAAAAGUCCCACUAUAUUAAAAAUAGUACAAGUACAAGUACUUUUACUCCAAGGAGCGAAAUUUAGAUGUAGAAUGAUUGUGACAAAGUGUAGAUAGGAAUGGAAAAAAAUGUGUAAAAAUCUGGAUCAUGAAAAUUUAGAGUAGAAACUUUCACAUCUCCUUUGACGAAAAUAAAAAAUGUUUUUCCCUAAAUGAUUUAAUUUUUAGAGCAGCAUCAUUGAGAUAUCAGUAUUGUAAAGCUGCUGAACUUAGAGUUGUUUAACAUACUUACAUUUUGUUAUGAGGAGAAGGGGCAGUCAUGAAAUCAGCUUUCCAUCUCAUGAUAUCGUGAUAACAGUAUUAUCGCAAUAUUUAUGUUAGACCCAGAGAAGCAUGAACUCAGAUAUUGUUUCUUGAUUCAUAAUAGAUCUUGAAAAUCAUCUUUAAAAGUGCCAUAUCAUUUUUUAAAGAGCUGCUGCAGCUAGCUCACUUGGGCUACUUCUUCUUCGUCCAUCCUCUGUUUUAUUACAACCAACGUAAACAAUCACGACUAUUUACUCAUUGUGUUACUGUAAUGCUUAUUUUUUUCAAUAAAUCAUUUAAUUAAAAAGACAGUUAUUGUCAAUAUCCAGCCCUAUGUGGAGCAAACGAAUAAAACUCUGGAGAUAAAUUACAUUUGGAAUUGCAGCAACAAGAGAAGUGAAAAAAAUAAGAAUAAAUAAAAACUUUUUGUACCAAAAAAGAGUUCUACCUUCAAGAGUUCCCACCACCAGUUUUACACAGUCCUAAAGUAUUUUGAGAAUCUGCUCAGAUAGAUGCAUCACUAAGACAUUUGUGAAGGCCAAACAGUGUUAAAAAUUCUCAAAAUUCCCCAUGCCCACACCAUCAAAGGGGCCCUCCAACAAAUCAAACUAACUUCUUUUAACUCAGUCAGUUUUGCUGAGCUGAUUCAAAAAGUACUGUAUGAUUCACUGUGUCAGCAGGUAAAACUCUACUUUUGCAAGUUUAGUGAGUGUCAGCCAUUGUACAACCACUGGGACCAAUCAGACUAACCUAAAAGAAAACUUGAUCAUGUACAAAAUCUGUUUUAUAUUUUAACACGUUUUUAUGCCCUGACAAUGAGCUCUUGACACUGAGUCUAUCUUUUGUCUUAAUUGUUGCUCUUAUGUCUCUAAACUUGCUCUUAUGACCACAUUAUGAGACUUAGGGCUCUAUUUUCGUGUACGCCGGUGAGGCGACGGAGGGUGACGGACCCCGGGCAGUUGUAUUUUAGUCUGGGGGAGCCCGGCGUACAGCCAGUUUGGUAUUUUCAUGGAUUGAGGCCCACGGAGGCGAGCUGAGAUCCGCCAAGCUGGGCGUGGUGGCGUGGCAGGGGGAGGUGUCGACAGAAUCAGCUGGCGCAGUGACAUUUUCGUGCUCGCCAGUGGCGUACAAAGUGCGCUGAAAGCUCGCCGAUUCAAACCUGGUCAGCUUUCAGUGCAAGCGAAACGCAGCUGGUCUAGUGGUAUUAUGGUAGACCGGCGGCGUAUCGGCAUACGUCACCGAUGCCUCACCGACAGGUUUCCACAGUGUCAGGAACAUUUCAGUGCAAUAAAUAAUCAUCAACAACUAUUAAUCUGAGUAAGCACAUACAUUUAGAUCUAUAUAGAUAUAUUCUGAUCUAUAUCUGAUCUGAUGAGCACGUUUGGCACGCGCUUGGACACACAACCUGACCGAAUCAACACAGCUGAAACCGCAUUAAAUUAAAUGAAAUUAAAUUAAAUUAAAUAUCUAGUAAAUAAACACACAUGAUGAAGUUAACAAGAUGUGCGAUUCGUCUCCCUCCUUUUCUUUCUUCCUCUUAUUUCUUGCGCAGCUCGACCUGGACAUAUCUCCGUGUCCUCUCUCUGUCCUGCUGCAGCAGCGGCUGAACAGAUGAUUAGUUUCAGCGUUCAGAUGAGUUAUUUACUUUAAGCCUACAUGCGGAUAUUAUAAUAUUCAGUUUUGUGAGCCAAAAUUAUUUUAUUUGCCAACAUCUAUGAAAGAAACAGCCAGGCCAGGGAGCGUGAUGCGUCAUUUACGCACAGAUGGUUCCGAUUUUAAUGCCAUUUAUGGAGUUUAUGUUGUGAUCUAUGCGCACAACCCACCUUUGUCACGUGAGGUUUGAAUAUAUGCAACUUUAUGUGAGUGUCUUUAUUUGUGGAAAAGGGUGUUUGUCUUACCAGUGGGUCCAACAUUACACACACCAAAUCCAUCUGUGCUCAGAUGAGAGAGUGUGGAGGACGCCCAAUGCAGCGCUUACAGUGACACUUGUUGAGGAGCUGCCUUCUGUCGCCGUCAUGUGGCAUUACUGUCUUCAGACAUCUCUUGAUCUCUUUGACUACUUCACGAAAAUAGUAAUACGUCUCGCCGGUGAUGGAUUUAAAGGCAAGGAGAGGAGCUUAUGUGAUUGGUGAAAACAGGUCUCGGCUGUGUUAAACCCACUCCACGCCCUCUCUCCUCCCUCGCUACGAUUUACGCCGGCGGGAGGAGCUGAGUUAGGGAGGGGGGAUACUUACGCCGGGCUGCGCCGCCCACCGAAAUACCAAAUUGUGCUUGGGAACGCCUUGUCGGCGCGGCGGACCUGACUUACGCCGCGCCUGCGGCACGCCUCCGGUGAGGCACGAAAAUAGAGCCCUUUGUGAGCUGUGCAAGAUGGUGGCAAACUCACAGAGGUAAAAAGCCCUCAUAUAUUUACUCCCUUUGAACCCCUUCUCAAGCCUGGAUCUGAAUAAGAAAUAGGAAGUUUUACUUUGACAAGGAAACUUGUCAGAAAUGAAAUGUGUAUGUUAUUGAAUUGAGCUUUUGUGAAGUUUGGAUUAAGCAGUGAUUGUCAGGAGUUAUAGUUGCUGCUGCUUUGAUUUCCACAGCCGACUUCUUUUCACCUUUUCGCACUCAAAAUUAGUGAGUCAUUAUUAUUCGAAAUACACUUGAAAGUCGGAAGACUUAUUCUAACUCAAGGGCAAAUCCCAGCAGAGCUGUUACAGCAUCAAAUCUGGAAUGAAAAGAGUACUGGCUUACCUAAUAACUCUCUCAUUGUUCACACUGAUACCUGUUCAAACCAUAGACUGUAUAUACUAUGGACAACUUGGUUCCGCCUCCCGCCUGUAUACAGAUUUGAAGCCAAAAAGCUCUCUGUAUUAUCCAGCAAGGAGGCGGACGGUGUCCAUUCUAUAUACAGUCUAUGGUUAAAACACAAGGAGGAGCUGCAGCUCUGCUUUGACCACAAAUCACUCCAUCACACCACCAUUUUACCUGCUAUCAAUUAAGGACUAAAUUUAUAGUGUGUGUGCACAAAAGAUAAAGGUAUUGCAAAAUCUAAAUCUGGAGACAGUAUCAAAUUUAGUACAUCACCCACCACCACUCUGUAGCUUUGGGCUGGAUUUAGCAAAUGCAUAAAAAAAUAGUGAUUCCACCAGAACAUAUCUGUACUUGAGUGGAACAAAGAAGUUUAUUUGCUGUCAGGUUCAUGUUGAGACAAGAGGAUUGUUGGUCAAAUUUGCAGUUACAGUUGUUUUUGGACUGCAUAAACACUAAAAUCAAAAGUCUUAUACAAUUAUCCAAGGCUCACACUGAAAAAGCAAAACACCGGACCAGAUUAGCACAACCAUAAGCACAAUAUCAGCUUCACACUUUUUGCAAACCACUGCACACAGUGAAUUGCAAAACACUAAAUACGCUUGUAUACAUUAGACACAGAUGCAUACCAUGAUGUCACUUCCUUGCAAAUUCCAAAGCACUGACUUUCAAAUGACCACACUCAUUAGCCAAUUGAUUAAACACAACACAGCACCAAAACAUGAUUGCUUAAUUGUAGACACACCAAUCAGGUUCAAGCACUACAAAAAGGUAGGUGCCCCUAAUCCAGGCCAUGGAGGAGGCCUGUGACCAAAUUGAUGCUAUAGCCAUUCAACAAAGAUGGAUUGGACAUGCAUGGCAGUUCUUCCCUCCUUGUCUUGCUAAUGAAGAUAACACCUGUGAUGUUGUUGAAAUUCUCUGGCCUGAUCCAGCUUGGUGAAAAGAUAAUCCCUAAAAUAUCCCCUGCUGGAUUUUCUUUUCUUUUUUGUCAGUUUUUUACCCAAAUCUUUUUAUAGUAAUUUUUUUUUGUUUGUGUGUGUAAUUUUAUUUUAUUUUUUAGAGUUAUGCACACUACUGUUGUAGCAUGGACAUCUUUUGUUGAACAUUUGACUGAUUUAGGUAUAUAUAGAGAUAUAAAUUAUAUGUUCAUCAUUCUGCAGCAUUGGUCUUGUUAUGCAUUUGGUGAAUUUUCUGUAUUGUAUAUUUGGACUUUCUCUGUGUACUUCACUUACAUUUCUCAAAUCACUGAGAAGUAGAAUUGCUACAAGUGUUUUAGGUUUAACACAGCAGGGUGUAACUGGUUCAGACAGAAUUAAGUCAUUGUGUGUAGUGUAAGCACGUGUGUAGUGUAAGCACGUUUUUGAUUAGAGGGCUAUGACAUUGUGCUUAUAGUUGUGCUAAUCUGGUCUGGCAUUUUGCUCCUUGAGUGUAAGGUUUUGAUAAUUGUGUAAGACUUUUGAUUUUAGUGUUUAUGCAGUCCAAAAAAACUGUAAGCACUUGAAAAAAACUGUAAGUUUCAGAGAUUUCCCAGAAGUUAACAGAUAUUGGUUGAAGUUGUGUGAAUUCAAUGGUAUCAUCCCAACUUUCUUGAAAGACUAACUUUUGUUCUUGUCAACUUUUAAAAAUUUUUAAGCCUUCAGUGUGAAAACUAUGAUGUUGCUAGUUGUGAGGAUAUGUUUCUUACAGGUUAAGUCUAAAAGUGUAAAAUUUUAAUAAAAACGAGAAAGAAAAGUUAAGUUUGACACCAGUAGAAAUCUUCAUUGAGCCUUUUAUGAAGCUAAAUUGUCUGAUAGCAUUUUAAAGUAAAUCUGUUUUUUUUUUUCCACUUUAUAGAGGGCCUCCAGUGUUGAAUAAACCCACAGGAGAAUCGCAGCAGGAUGUGUUGACAUCGCCUUUGGCUCCCCCAGUUUCCCCUGAAAUGGAGCUCUUUUUGCAGGGCUUAAAUGCAUCCCACAACAUCAGCAUGCUAACCAACGCCACUUGGAAUUACACCAGUGACCAAGUCACUGAAGUCAACCUUAUUGACAUUUUGGGUCCAAAACGAUCCCCUUUCUUCCUCCCUGUGACUAUUGUUUACCUCCUCAUUUUCCUCGUUGGCUUGUCUGGGAAUCUGCUAACAUGUGCCGUGAUAGCAAAGCACAAAAAGAUGCGAAAUCCCACCAACCUCUACUUGGUGAGCUUGGCGAUGUCGGACCUCUUGGUGCUUUUGUUUGGGAUGCCACUGGAGAUUUACGACCUUUGGCAGAACUACCCAUUCCCGUUUGGCGAGGCCGGGUGCUACUUUAAGACCUUCCUCUUCGAGACAGUCUGCUUUGCUUCAAUACUCAACGUCACCGCUCUGAGCGUGGAGAGGUACAUCGCCGUAGUGCACCCGCUCAAAACUCGCUACCUGUCAACCAACCAGCAUGCUAAGCGGGUCAUCACCAUCGUGUGGGUGGUAUCGAUGACCUGUGCCAUUCCAAACACCUCACUGCAUGGCAUUUUUUACCUACCAGAGAAGAUGGAGGAGUCAGCCAUUUGCACCGUGCUGAAGCCUCUGUGGAUCUAUAACAUGCUCAUGCAGAUCACCACUGUUUGCUUCUUUUUUGUGCCCAUGAUGGUGAUUAGCAUCCUGUACCUGGUGAUGGGGCUACAUUUAGGCAGAGAAAAGCGGCAACCAAGCAGGAACUUUGGGAAGAACAGCGGCAGCUUCACACGAAAGAAGAACAGCGUGAUGGGACGAAGACGACAGGUUAACAAAAUGCUCUGUGAGUAUUUUUCUUAUUCUCUCCUUCUCUUUUGAAAAAACUAGACACACAGCGGAGGUCUGCCAAGAUCUCAGAGUAGAUCCUCUCUAAUCUCUGUUGUCAAUGCCAAGGCAUGUUUGCAAAGAUAAAGCACGAGGAAAACACAAAGCAAAUAAUGACAGAGGAUGGGCACUUCUUUGUUUGGAUCAUUUGUAUUCUGAAGGGCAUCUGAUUGUUUUUCAUCCUCUAAGCUUCAGGGUUUAAUGAAAAGUCGUGUGCAGUUUCUUUACAAUUGAUUUGUUCUUUUGUCUGCUGUCAGGAGACUUAAAUGAAACUAUAUUUAGUUUAGAUGGAUGCAUCAAUCAAAUCAUUCAUCCACCACAUGAAGCUAAAUAACAGCCAGUUUUCAUAUCCAGUACACUCAUCUGAAAAACAACCUCUUUAUAGGGAAGUUUUUCUUUCUUUGAAUGAGUUAAAGUUUCACAUCAAGGUGAUAUUAUGAACCAAGGUAAGAGCAAAAGUGUUUGUUUUUUUUCAGGAGGGGGGCCUCAGGUAUUUCUUGAAUAAAAAUUAAGAGUACGUCAACGUGCCUUACUUCUGAUUCUUGGCUCCAUAACCAAUAAGGCAAACCUUGAUGUAGGGUGAAUGAAGAACUAUAUUUCAAAAUAAGGCGCUAGCUUUUGUCAGAUGUAAAUCAGAGACAUGCAGGUGCUUGAUUUGAGUCCUUGCUUGUUAAACCAUUAAGUGCAUUCUUGUCAGUCUGUCAGUGUAUCAUGUUGAAAUAUUUGAUACCUUUGGUGACUAAUCAACCUCACCCUUGCAACUCUAUAACAUCCAGAUUCUUUGUUUUUAAUGUUUUAUUCAUGCAAAGUCUUUGCAACCUUAAAAAUCAGCCGUGUCUUAAAUUCUGCAUCCUGAAGACCUGAUGUUUUCCAGAUUAUUUUAGGACUUAUCAGUAGAGGUUGUCUUUUGAGGGCCUAAAUAGAUACUGUUAAUAGUUCAUGAUAUCAAGAACUGAUAUUUGGAACUGAAAUGCGUGAACAAUAAGAAUAAAAUACUGGACCGAUUGUGGGUCUGGGCCAACUGUAAAAUCCAACAAUUGAUUGAUCACCUUUACCGAUAGAGUCAACUAAUUGACGACCACUUGAGCUCUGCUGUCAGUGUGUCCUUUCUUCAGGGUCUGUCUUCACUCUGUCAUUUUAUCUCACCUAAUGUCCCACCUACAGCACUAUAUGAUUGUCUAGAUGUCACAUGACCUUGUGAUGUGACUGUAAGCAUAAGUGGUCAACUGGUUAUCCCUGUAGUUGAUCUUGAAAAUAAUAAUUUUGCUGAAUUUCUGCCUCAGAUUCACCUCUUUGCCUGAUUUCAUGUUAAUUGAAAGUUGAGUCAGCAUUUCCAGUAUGGUGCCUGCAUGAUUGGAAUUCAAAACAUCUCCCUAUAAAACCAAUGGCGAUUACGUCACAAAGACUGUCUUGAUUAUUGAAACAGCCAAUGCACACACCUUAUAGUGAGAAAUUGCUGGUGCAACAGUCUCACCCAUCUGUUUGUGCAGCAGUAUUUCUUGUUCUCAAACUUUUGUUCAUUCAUAUGCAUAAGGUUACUUUGACUGUGAGGGGAUCGCAGAGGAUAAUAUGGGAUAUAUAUAUAUAUAUGGUAUAUAUAUAUAUAUAUAUAUAUAUAUAUAUCUUAAUUAUUACAUUUAUUAAGUUCUUAAUAUUAGGACCCUUAUUGUUAUAACUGCAUUUUGCACUUUCUGUCUUGUCUGUGAUGCUGCUGUGACAAAAAAAAUUUCCCCCAUGGGGGAUCAAUAAAGGAAUAUUCUAUUCUAUUCUAUUCUAUUCUAUAUAUAAGAGUUAUGGUGCAGUGCUUUUCAAGGUAUGAACAGUGAAUAGGAGUGUCCUGCACAGACAGAUCUAAAGCCGCGUUCAGAUCAAACGCGACUUGAAGCAACCUAGUCGCAUUGGUCGCUGUAAUCGCGUCGCGCCCUGGUGUGUUCACACCAGGUCCAAAGCUGCAGACGCGGCUGGUCGCAGGACGCGGCUGGUCGCAGGACGCGGCUGGUCGCCGCUGGUCGCCGCUGACCUGCUUCUCCCACCUUCCUUCUCCCUCCUUUUCUCCCUCAUGUAGACAUCCUGCAGCCCCUUCCAGCGCUUGCGGCACACAUCCACUGCAAAGACACACAUACACACACACACACACGUUGAAACAUGUAGCCUAGCAAGCAGGGUCAGUUUGCUAUGUUUUCAGAAAAUAGUCUGCUCACUGAAAUAAAUAAACAAACAAACUUUCCAGAAAGCCCGAUAUCACUGGCCACCUUCGCCCAUGCUUCCUCCUUGGAGAUGCGGUCCCGGUAGAAUGCGCACCCCACGUCGUAAAGGACCGGGUGAUAACUCACAGCAGUGAUAAGCUGCUCCUCCAUGGUGAUUCUUCUUCUCCUCCUCCUUGCUUCGCAGGUGUGUUGACGUCAGCAGAGCCCUGAUGGCUGUCGCGGCCCGGAGUCGUGGAAAGUUGCGACUCCGUGGGAGCGCCGUGACUUGGCGUCCUGCGAUCUCGGGCUACGCGACGUUGGCGAACCUGCGUGUACUGGUUGCGUAGGUCGUGUCGCCGGCAGCCGGCGGUCACCAAGUCGCAUCAGGUCGCGGCUGUACAUAGACUUUGCAUUGGUAGGCGUUGCUCAAGUCGCCGAGGUCGCGUUUGGUCUGAACGCGUCUUUGGAGGUGUGAGUUUGAGUAUGAGUAUGUGUGUACAUGACAUGAUUGACUUAAAGCCAGUGUGGAUGGACAGGGCUGACAAUCACUGGACUAAUAAUGUGCAGGGGGAAUACAUCAUGGAGCACUGAGGCGUCCUUUAAUUUCAUUCAUUUCUUGGACCGUUGGGGUUUGGAAAUAAUGUGUGUUCUUACUGUACAGGCUCAAACAGGCUGCUGAGUAAAUGAGCUCUCAGUCCAUUGACAUUUUUUCAGUCUUUUGGGAUUUGGAAAUAAUGGGCUGUCAGAACAAUAGUAUGGCACUGGGACAAGAUGAUAGAGAAAAGAUGAUAGAGAAUACAAAUGUAGUGCUGUGUAACAGCAUGGAAUAAGAUUAUUUUACAGACUUAUAGAAUGCUAAAAGGCAAAAAGUGCUUAACAAAAGCUCAGGUAGAGAAAAACUCACAAACUCAGCUGUUUUGAAAAAGGAAAGAAAGUACAUCACCGAUGUACUCAUUAUUGAUGCCUUUUUUUGUUGUUGGAGAGUUUGAGAUGCCUCCAUGUGCCUAAGGAAGCUAAAACUGUGAGUUUGAUGCCAUAUGGCUAUAAUCAUCAACAGCCAAACAGCCUGCAUCUCCUUUAGAGAGAGAUCCUGAGAGCGCAGAGCGAGGAUUAAUGAGAGAGAUCAGACAGCAGCUCCUGAAGACAAACAGAUAAAGAGAUAGAUAGAUAGAUAGAUAGAUAGAUAGAUAGAUAGACUGAUAUAGUGCCUUGAAAAAGCAUUCAUACCCCUUGAACUUUUUCACAUUUUGUCACUCUACAACCACAAACUUAAAAAGUAUUUUAUUGAAAUUUUUGGUUAUAGACCAACACAAAGUAGCACAUAAUUGUGAAGUGGAAUGAAAAUGAUACAUGGUUUUAAUAAAUUUCAACAAAUACAAAUCUGAAAAGUGUGGUGUGCAUUUGUAUUCAGCCCCCUGUACUCUGAUACCCCUAAAUAAAAUGCAGUGCAAUUAAUUGCCUUCAGAAGUCACCUAAUUGGUUAAUAGAGUUCACUUGUAAUUUAGUAUCAGCAUAAAUACAACUGUUCUGUGAAGGCCUCAGUGCUUUGUUAGAGAACACUAGUCAACAAAGAGCAUCAUGAAGACCAAGGAACUCACCAGACAGGUCAGGGAAAAAGUUGUGAAGAAGUUUAAAGCAGGGUUAGGUUAUAAUAAAAUAUCAAAAGCUUUGUACAUCUCAAGGAGUACUGUUCAAGCCAUCAUCCAAAAAUGGAAGAAGUAUGCUACAACUGCUAACCUACCAAGACAUGUCCAUCCACCUAAACGGACAGACCGAGCAACGAGAGCACUGGUGAGACAAGCAGCCAAGAGGCCCAUGGUCACUCUGGAAGAGCUGCAGAAAUCCACAGCUCAUCCCCGCUGUGAAACACGGUGGUGGCAGCCUCAUGCUGUGGGGAUGCUUUUCCUCAGCAGAGACAGGGAAGCUUGUCAGAGUUGAUGGGAGGAUAUUCAUGUGUUAGAAUGGCCAUGUCAAAGUCCAGACCUAAAUCCCAUUGAGCAUCUAUGGCAAGACUUGAACUUGAAAAGUUCACAGACGCUCUCCAUCCAAUCUGGCUGAUCUUGAGCUAUUUUGCAAAGAAGAAUGGGCAAAAAUUUCAGUCUCUAGAUGUGCAAAGCUUGUAGAGACAUACCCCAAAAGACUUGCAGCUGUAAUUGCAGCGAAAGUUGGCUCUACAAAGUAUUGACACAGGGGGUCUGAAUACAAAUGCACACCACACUUUUCAGAUUUCUAUUUCUUUAAAUUUUUGAAAACCAUGUAUCAUUUUUGUUCCACUUCACAAUUAUGUGUUACUUUGUGUUGGUCUAUGACUGAAAAAUCUCAAUGAAAUACUUUUAAGUUUGUGGUUGUAGAGUGACGAAAUGUGAAAAAGUUCAAGGGAUAUGAAUACUUUUUCAAGGCACUGUAGAUAGAUAGAUAGAUAGAUAGAUAGAUAGAUAAAUAGUGAGCAUGUCAUUAUACUAUGAUUAAGUACUAACUGUGGCCAUAUAACGGAGUUAUAGACAGCUUUGGUUUCUCCAUUCAAAAGUAUCAUCUCUGAUAUCAGGGACUUGCCAGACUUCAACUAUGACAAGGGUGGCCCAGCAGGGGCACUGGCUAAACUUUUUACCUCCACUAAUCAUAUCCACUUAGACUAAUAACAUUAAAGAAAGCCUACUAUACCCAUUUUCAGCUUUCAUUAUGUCAGUAUAGGACACCCGUAGAGUAGCUUUGCUUGAUUUGCAGCUUUAAAACCUCCUUUUUUACGUAAUACUGACAUCAAGCACCCUUUAAGUCAAGUGCGUCUUUUUUGCCACUGUACUUUUAGUCAUAAAGUACACUCUUUAUUAUUUAUUAAUAAUGCAUGUUUAUGCCUGAUCUUCUGUCUAGAUAAGUCUAUUUGUGGUGCCUUUUCCUUCUUUGUCCCUGUGUCUUUUGUUGUGUACAUCUCUCUUUUGUGCCCAUGAAGAUGGAAAAGGGUUUAUUUCAAAGUAAAUUUCUGUAACAAUGUGCCAGGUGUAAGUCUUUCUGUGCUUCCACCCAUAACCCCAGUGUUGUAUUUGAUUUCCCUAGAAAAACUGACAAAGACAUUGAAAAUACACAAACACAUUCAAAGGGAAAAAAAUGAUUUUCUCUCUGUUUGAUCUUUCAGCAAUUGUUGUAGCUGUGUUUGGGAUCUGCUGGGCACCUUUCCACAUCGAGCGGCUCCUGUGGAGUUCCAUCAGCCAGUGGACGGACUUGAUGCACAACAUUUAUCAGUACGUCCACAUCCUGUCAGGCGUCUUCUUCUACCUCAGCUCAGCAGCCAACCCCAUCAUCUACAGCCUCCUCUCCACCCGCUUCAGGGAGUGUUUCAGGGAACUGGUGUGUUCCCAAGCUGAGGACAGCAGCUCUGUCAGAGACUCACCGCCGUUCCCUAAGAUUUUACUGGAUGCAGAUCCAGUGUCAAGCUCCAGAUCUCAGAUUGAUGGGAAGCACUCAAAUGCUGUAAUCCCUCUGCUGUCUCCUGACAUGACUCUGAGCAUGGACUCUACGAUUCUCACAUGUGCAUGUGACGAGACAACCUGCAGGACCUCAGUGUUUUAACUGAGAGUUGUUUAAAUAAGCUGAACAAGAAGCAACACAGACAGUAUAAUUUGAAGGAAAAGCUGGACAUUUGAGGGAAAUCUACUCAUUUGAUCGCUUAAAAAGUCAGAUAAGAGGACAGACCAGCAGCAAACUCUGGUGCUGAAAGUGAAGCUAGUGUGAAGUGCAAAAACUGCAGUUCUUCAUUUGUCCACUAGAGGGUGGCUUCGAAAGUGGAUGAAAACUCCAUCAGUUCAUUAGAGUUCAUGCAUUUGUUCUGACCCUAGCUGCUUCUGUGUUCAUGUCUAGAUUGGUCAAAGUUAGUCGGAGUCAGUAUAGCUGCUAUUGUGGGCUCCAGAAAUCACUUGGUGAGACUAUGACGACAAAUAGCUAGUACUUCAAAUAUAUAUUUAUAUGACACGAUAAACCAGUCCUUUUCAAUUAGGGAGGAUUAGGGCCAAAUUUAGAAAGAAAAAUAUUAAGAUUUUGAAAUUGAAGUGUAAGUGUCACAUCAUAAUACAGUCCACUUAUUGUCAGCUGAAGCCAUCUGUAGACAACAGAAGUUAAAAACAUCAGUUGCUGUUUGUUUGUGAUGCUUAAAGUCACAAUAAUAAAAGAAAAAAAAAGCAAUAUCAAGAGAUUAAAGUCAUAAUGUAAUUAGUAUGUCAUAAGGAUUAGAAAAUUAAAACUAAUUACAACUCUAUUCUCUUAACAUUUUGACUUUGUUCUUGAGAUCUGAAGUUGUUUUUCUCCAUGGUGCCCCUAACAUGCUUUCUACACUCUCUAAUCAACUUUAAAUCUCUCAGUUUAUUGAUUGUAGCAGUUGGCAAAGUACACACAUUUUGAAUUGAAAAUAUUUGGCUAAACAUAUUAAAUUGCAUUUCCCUGUUUCCAAUAGGCUGAUUUUCAAUCAUGUCCAAGUGGACAGCCCAGGUCAAGUUUAGCUGCAGGAAAACAUUAGAUAUUUAAUACUUUAGAAAUAUUUUUUAUACUGCAGACAAAGCUGACUGAUGUGUAGGCAGCCAUUUGAGAGUGUUAAAAAAUUGAUGAGGGGCUGCGUGUAUCUCCACUUGAACAGACCUGGGUCAGUCCAACUUUGCAGAAAGUCUAGAAACCAGAAGAAGCCUGACCGUGAACCUUAGAAAAAAUAAUGACACAUCGGGCCAUAUUUUUGUAAAAACAACUUCAUGCUUAGUGUCCAAGUUUUGGACAAAGCAAAUGCUCUUGUGGCCAUGAUACGAUAUGAUAUGAUAUGAUAUGAUAUGAUAUGAUAUGAUAUGAUACAAUACUAUACUAUCUUAGUUUCUUAUUACUUUCUUAUUGUCAGGGUUUUGAACUUAUCUUACCUCUCACCAGCUCUAUUUAUGACAUAGAGAGCAGGGUACAAAAGACACGCAUUGGAAACAACAUUUGAAAAAUUAACCAUUACAUUCGGAGGCCUUUUAGGUACUUUUGAUCUGAGAUUCAUCUCCUUAUUUCAACCAUAUAAAUUGAUUGGUAUACAACAGAGUGCUGCAGUCUGAUCUGACUAAAAUGGAAACCCUGUAUCUUAGGUUUUGUUGUAAUAAUUAAUAUUCACCUUUCAGAGCAUAGUUAGGGACCAGCUUUAACAUUUUUUGUUAAUGCCUGAUUCAUACUGACAGUCAUUUGUGCUCCUAGGCUUGCUGGUCCUCAAAUGAGGUUUGAGAUCCCUUAUCUUGAGGCAGCAGAACAAAAACAACCUGUUGGCAUUCUCACGAAGCUUCUGAGUCGAAAAAUAUUUUUAAAUUAUGUUUUCUAAGAAUUUCCACCUUUAGAGUAUAGCUUUAAAGCUAUUCAAAGAUGAUCUUGGCCUUUAGAAUGUUGAGUGGUGAGGUGGAGUUCUGAGAGUGUUAAGUGUUUCUUAAGUGUCUGAAAGCUGGUGAAAUCUCAGACAUUUUCAUUUAACAGUGAAGGAGUUCAAUAAAUGCCAAAGACCUGAUUGUACUGUGAUCAUCUCCAAGCUAAUGAAACAAUGUCAUGUUGCCAGACAUGAGCAUGUAGAGUGAGUCCAGAUCACACACUGGUACUGAUCUGUGAUGCCAGCUGCCUAACUUCUAAAAGUAUGGAUAGCAGUUCAUUCAAUUAAUCAAAUACUAAUGAAUCAUUAUCUGAUCAGAUCCUAUCAUAAUAUUGAUCUGUGUUGGAGAGUCUGAAAAAGGUUGUGAGUAUGUGGACUGAUUUAUUACAGGUGCUGCAGUGUUUUCUUUAUGUUUAAAUGGUGCAUUAAUCAAAAAAAACUGGAUGCACUGUCACAGGCAGAUUCAGCUGUGCAGCUUCGGGUCACGUUUUUGUUUUUAUUUCAUUUCAGUACAUUACUGACAUUUCCUGUGUAGUUUCCUGCUUACAUUUAUCCUUGUCCUUGUCCUCUUAAUGUCCCUACCUCUGUGUCACCCUCCCUCUAAUGAGCUCCAUGUGUGGCCUAUUAUCCCCUCAUUGUUUGUGUGUGUCUAUAUUUCCUGUGUGUUUACCCUCUGUUGUUGUGUGACCUUGGUCCAGCAUACUAACUUGAGAGUUUCCUAGAAUUAUAAUUACUGCCUGUCAUAUUUUUUUUUUAUUAUUUGUUCUUUCAGGGUAGCAGUGAGGCAGAAAAUAUGCACUUGAACAUGGCAGCAAAGAUCAGAUAUCUUGCAGUACAAAAGCUUUAAAAUUGGAGAAGUGGCUUGUGCUUUCAAUGUGCAAUGGCAACAGGCAGUGAUCAGCUGUCAUACUCCCCCGUAAACUGCACAGCAAAUGAUAUGGGGCCAGGCUGAAUUCAGCUCAAUGUUACAAUCAGCCAUGCAACAAUAAAAAUCAGGUCAAAACUGUCUCAAGGUUAUACCUUGUCUGCACAAAAUGAUAAAUUAAGACAUUUAUGAAUCAUUAUGAAUCUCCUCUGUUGCACCCACUAAUUACCUUGAACAGGCAGGCUGUAAAUUCUGGAAAUAAACAUGAACAACACUUAAUUAGCAUUCCAGUAGACAGUUUAAUAUUGUUUUUACUGAAACUUGAACUAGUUGGUCUGAUCCUUUUAUCUGAUCUGAAGUGCAGACAAAGUGAACAGGUCUUUUUUCCAAAAAUGUCGGGCUAUUCUUUUAAAUUUAUGAAACGUCAUCAAAAUGCUUGUACUUGGGCUUGUUUUAUUUUAUUUGCUACUUUACAGUGCCUGCAUACUCCACCUGCUGUCUUACUCUGUGAUUGCUGAAUGCCUUGGAGAAAAAGAGGAAGAGUUAAAUUAGAUCUAAAAGAUGUAUUUGAUUAUUUUUGUUUCAUUUUGAAAAUCUGAUGUGGUGCUGGGGCUGUAAAACAGGUCAAAUGUUUUGCUUUGUUUGGUGGAGCUUGUUAAAAAACAACAACAAAAAAAACAAACAAAUGUAAUGCUUUGCUGUGGGCUUUUUCUGAUCUUGUUUUGUGUCUUGUUGCACGGUUGGCAAUCACCCUGUCCAUGAAUUGAUUGAUAGAUUGCAAACUCCUGUUGAAAAGUUGAAAAAAAAAAUAAAGGAUGUGUCUAUUAUAAAAGCAACACAAAUAAAUAUCAAAACAGUGCUUAUAUAGCUGUUUUGUAAUGUUAAAGCCUGUUCUUGUCUUCUUCGUGGUAUAAUUGAAGUGUUAUGCUGAAGAAUUACA